AUGACCCCUCCCGAUCAGCUGGGCGCUGCGGAGAAAGCAGCGAUGCUCCUUCAUGCCGCCGACAUCGCUGAAGAGCGCGAGGCGGUGAUGCGCAACACCUGGAGCGACAUCGAGUUUCACGGGGGAGAGAUGAGCAACGCGGAGCUUGUCGAGCGCCUGGAGCGGCAGUUCGCCGCGUCUGCAGCCCCAGCUGUUCGGUCUUUGCGGGCAGAAAAAAGCUCGUGA